AUGCGAGAGGUGAAGCUUGAGCCAAACGUCAUUUUCAGCUAUAAUGCUGGGAUCAGCGCCUGCGAGAAGUGCGGGCAGUGGCAGCGGGCGUUGGCAAUGCUCACGGAGAUGCGGGAAGCGAAAUUAGAGCCCGACGUCGUCAGCUAUAGCGCUGUGAUCAGCGCGUGCGAGAAGGACACGCAUUGGCAGUUUGCUUUUGCGCUGCUCAGCGCGAUGCGGGAGACGAAGCUUGAGCCCAAUGUCAUUAUCUCCACUACAACGCUGGGAUCAGCGCGUGCGGGAAUGACGGGCAGUGGCCGCGUGCUCUGGCGCUGCUGA